AUGUCUGACUGCUACCCGGCGGCUCCUAGGACCCUUGAACAACGAGUCAAAAGAAUUGAAGAGAGACUUGGCAUCCCUUAUGAAGGGAUAUUAAAUGCAGAAGAUAACUCAAGUUUGAGUGCAUCUGCGGCCCCCUUUCGCCAACCUGUCAAUGAGAAGGAUAUCCCUGAUGCUCGGAUAGAAGCCGAGGGAAUUGGGUUUGAGUCCGCAGUUACCGGACAAGGCGAGGGUAGAAAUGACUGUGAGGUGGUCGGCCGAGAUGAGGAGAACAUGACGUCCCAAAUCGUUGAUAGUCUCCUGCAGCCAGAAAGGGAUAACUCUCAGUUCCUUGCGGGUUGGCCGGAUACGCCGGGAGUGGCCAUAACAUGCCCUCAGCUCCAGGCCUUUCUGCCGCCCUACCCACGGGCGGUCGAGCUUGUUGAUUAUUACCAGGAACAUGUUGGAUGGGCAUAUCACUUGCUGCAUAUGCCAACAUUGAGACGCCACCUCCUUGAGACUUACCAGCAAAUAGGGUUGGGAUAUAUACCAAAUCUCCCAAUUUUAGCACUCAUUUGUGCAGUAUUUGCAUUAUCUAAGUUCUUUUCCCAAUCAACUUCGGCUUUCAGUGCAUCUGACACAUCUCAAGAUAAAACUCAUCAAGAGUAUGUCGGGAUGGCAAGCCAGGCUUUAGCAGAAGCUAGGCAUUUGGAGCAUCCAACCGUGGAAUCCAUCCAAACUGUAGUCUUGAUCGGGAUCUGUUUGCUUGUUAAUGCGGGCGCUAUCCGCUCGGCGCGAGCCCUUUCAGGUGCGAUGUAUAUAUCUGCCCAGGCCUUGUCCUUACAUCAAUUGGACUCGCCGAAAAACAAAAGCCUCCGGCAGCAGGGGCAGUAUAAUAAACUGGACCUGGAGAUCAAGCGGCGUCUCUGGUGGCACAUUGCAUCCACAGACUGGGUAUAUGCAUUCAUAUCUGGGCCUCAGACAGGGAUAUAUAUUGUGCAACCUCAUCAAAUGCAUGUAGAUCUGCCUAGCAACGCAGACGAUCACGAAAUAACCCCGUCUAGCUGUCCGAACAAGCCCCUGACCGAGCCAACGGAGGUAACUUAUCUUAUUCUUAGGUGCAAAGCAUCCAAGAUGUUUGUGGAAUUUAUGGAAACCGCCAAUAAGAAAGGAGUAGGAAUCCACGAAUUGGAGUACGAUCAAAUACUUGCGUUUGACAAGAAAAUCAACGAAUUCUUCGCCGCGCUACCGUAUUUCUUCCAAGUCGAGACUGAGGGUAACGAGCACUUUGCAGAAUUGGAGAAGAAACGGAAAGCACUGGACAAAGAGCGGCCCUAUAUAAAAUGGCAGAGAGUGAUGGCCCAGUUUGGAGCCAGCACGAGGAUAUCCCGUCUGCAUAGACCAUAUCUUGCUCUUGGAGCCCGCGACCCACGUUAUGCAUACUCCCGGAUGGCCUGUAUCAGGGCAGCUCGGGCCGUGCUUGAGAUUGAUCGGCGUAUGAGAAAUAGCGUUGGCCCUUCAGCUCCGAAUCCAUCUAAGGUCUGGGCCAUUGCAUACCAGUUGUUCUUGGCCACAACGGUCUUGGCCAUGGACUAUCAUUUCAACAGAAACGAGCCAAGUGCAGGGGAACGUGCUGAAGAAAUCCUUGAGUGCUGCCGUGCAUUGGAUGCAGCGGCCCAGAGCAGCGUAGUUGCGGCGAGAGGCCUAAAGAAGCUCAAAGAGGUGGCUGCAAAAUGGGGCCUUUUGUCAAACUUCGAGCUCAACUCCAUCAUCGGUCAAGAUGGAAAGGAGGCAAUACCUCCGCCGAAAGAGUCUGCCCAUAUCCAAUACACAGGGUAUUCACAAGAUGGAAGCGGGCUCCAAAACGCAGAAACCGGGUCUCUUGGGGCCAUGUGGGGAAGCGUAUGGGAUCUCAACAUUAAUAUAGAUUAUUCUCAGUGGGAUGGGAUAUUCCAGGACAUUGAAAGUAAACAUGGCAUGCUUUGA